AUGGCAGAAGAGACAGUUGCCCAUCUAGCCAGGAAGCUAUCCUGCCAUAGUGUCAAGAAUGAGCAGGGGGAGCCCACCAACCCCUUUUUGGGGUCUGAUAACCCUUUGCUGGACCCAAACUCCUCAAGUUUCAGCGCAAGAACAUGGCUCAAAACCAUACUGAGCAUUAUCUCGCGGGAUCCUGAGCGUUAUCCAACUAGAACAGCCGGCGUUGCGUACAAAAAUCUAGCAGCUCAUGGAUUUGGCGAGCCAACCGAUUACCAAAAGACCUUUGGCAAUUAUCCCCUCGAAGUGCUGGGAUUUUGCAAGAAGCUUUUGGGAUCUUCUCAGAAGAGAAGAAUUCAGAUCUUGAGGGACAUGGACGGUCUAGUCAAGAGUGGAGAGAUGCUUCUUGUCCUCGGACGGCCAGGAAGGCAAGUAAUUAGCCCCAAGACACUAUGGAGUCCCAGCAGCGGUUGUUCUACGCUGUUGAAAACCAUAUCUGGCGAGACUGAAGGCUUUUUUGUUGGCGCAGAAUCUGAUCUCAAUUACCAAGGCAUCCCCAAGGAGAUUAUGCACAAGGACUUCCGAGGAGAGUCCAUCUACCAGGCAGAAGUCGAUGUUCAUUUCCCUCAACUGACCGUAGGUCAGACUUUGGACUUUGCUGCUCGGGCUCGGGCUCCUCGCAAUCGCCUACCUGGCGUGACUCGAGAUAUGUAUGCUAGCCAUCUUAGAGAUGUUGUUAUGGCGAUUUUCGGUCUUAGUCAUACCAGGAAUACGAUGGUUGGUAAUGACAUGGUUCGAGGAGUCUCUGGCGGUGAAAGAAAGCGUGUUAGCAUUGCAGAAGCUGCAAUCGCUGGAAGUCCUCUUCAAUGCUGGGACAACUCGACAAGAGGGCUCGAUAGCGCCACUGCUCUCGAGUUCGUAAGAACCUUGAGAACAUCUACAGAACUUACCGGGGCCACCGCUAUCGCCACACUAUUCCAAACUUCUCAGUCAAUAUACAACGUCUUUGACAAAGUUGCGGUGCUGUAUGAAGGUCGCCAGAUAUACUUCGGCGAUAUCAACGCAGCCAAGGGAUUCUUCGUCGACAUGGGCUUUGAAUGUCGACCACGACAAACAACAGGAGAUUUCCUCACCUCUCUGACCAAUCCAGCAGAACGACUGGUCCGCCCAGGUUUUGAGGGCACUACUCCUAGAACACCAGAUGAAUUUGCUGCUAUAUGGCAGAAAAGUCAAGAUCGAGCUUUUUUACUCGAAGAAAUUGAUGCCUUUAACGCACAAUAUCCUAUCGGUGGCCCCUCUCUUACUGAGUUCAGAGGGUCCCGAAAAGCUUCACAAGCAAGAUCACAGUAUAUAUUCUACCCUGUUCCCCCAUUUUCGCUUAUCUACCGUGUUCUAACCAACGAUAGGCGUGCACAGUCACCAUACACUCUCUCAGUGCCAAUGCAGGUCAAACUAUGCAUGGGAAGAGGCUACCAAAGACUUUUGGGUGGCAUGGACGUCACAAUCACCAGUAUUAUAUUCAAUGCCAUUCUGGCAUUAGUUAUUGGCAGCGUAUUUUAUAACCUACCAAACAACACGGCUACUCUAUAUAGUAAAGGGGCUUUGAUCUUCUUCGCCGUCUUGUUGGCUGCCUUUGCAAGCGCCUUGGAGAUUCUAACCUUGUACGCCCAACGUCCGAUUGUCGAGAAACAAUCAAAAUACGCCUUUUACCACCCCUUUACUGAAUCAAUUUCAUCGAUGAUUUGCGAUUUGCCGAAUAAGAUUGGCACUUCCCUCGGGUUCAAUCUUGCGUUAUAUUUCAUGACCAACCUACGGCGCACCCCUGGCCAUUUCUUUGUGUUUUUGCUAUUUAGUUUUUCUUGCACACUAACAAUGUCCAUGUACUUUCGCUGCAUCGCGGCACUUUCCCGUACAUUUCCUCAGGCUAUGGCUCCGGCAUCCAUUUUCAGUCUGGCACUCGUCAUCUAUACCGGUUUCACGAUCCCUGUCAAUGACAUGCAUCCCUGGUUUCGGUGGCUCAACUAUCUCAAUCCAGUUGGAUAUGUCUUUGAAUCCCUAAUGAUCAACGAGUUCCACAACCGCAAAAUUCCUUGCACCCGGUACAUUCCUGAUUAUCCGGAUGCUUCCCCGGACCAGAAGAUCUGCACCACAACCGGAAGUUUAGCAGGGGCAGACUUUGUGGAUGGAGACACCUAUUUAGCCGUAAACUUCAACUACAGCGCUGACCACCUGUGGAGAAAUUUCGGCAUCAUUCUCGCGCUGAUGCUGUUUGGCUGUGUCUGCUAUCUAGUGGCUUCGGAGUAUAUUCUAGCCGAGAAGUCCAAAGGGGAAGUGUUGGUGUUCAAACGAGAACACAUGCCUAAACUUCAGAGAAAAUCUGAUGAGGAAGGCAGGAGUGAUGAUAGACUCGACUCGCAGAUUCUAAGUCAAGAGAAGGGUAUUGUACUUCCUAGUGGCAUUCAACAGCAGACGGCAGCGUUCCAUUGGGACGGAGUUUCCUACACUAUCAACGUUAAUAAGGAAGACCGCCAACUUCUUAAUGAGGUCGACGGGUGGGUAAGACCUGGAACACUGACUGCAUUAAUGGGAGUGACGGGUGCUGGAAAAACCACACUGCUUGAUGUCCUUGCUAACCGAGUUACCAUGGGCGUUGUCAGUGGCGAAAUCUUGGUAGACGGCCACCUCAGAAAUGGGGGAUUUCAAAGAAAAACUGGUUACGUACAGCAGCAGGAUUUGCAUCUUCCCACUUCCACUAUUAGGGAGGCGUUGACAUUCAGUGCCCUUCUCCGCCAACCAAACUCAACCCCAAAGGCCGAGAAAAUCGCCUACGUGGAAGAGGUUCUGAAGCUUCUCGAGAUGGAGACGUAUGCAGAUGCUGUUAUCGGAGUACCAGGAGAAGGUCUAAAUGUCGAACAAAGAAAGCGUCUCACUAUUGCGGUUGAACUCGCUGCCAAACCUGCAUUGUUACUCUUUCUUGACGAGCCAACUUCCGGUCUGGAUAGUCAAACCGCUUGGUCUAUUUGUACCUUGCUAAGAAAGCUUGCCAACAAUGGGCAGGCCAUUCUUUGCACACUCCAUCAACCUUCGGCUCUUCUGUUCCAGGAAUUCGAUAACCUUCUCUUCCUUGCUAUGGGAGGCAAUACGCUUUACUUUGGAGAGAUCGGCGAGUCAUCAAAGACCUUGAUAAACUACUUCGAACGCAACGGAGCUCGAAAAUGCCUUCCGGACGAAAAUCCAGCUGAGUGGAUACUCGAAGUUACUACGGCGGCCCAAGAAGCAGAAUCACCCAAGGAUUGGCCAAGUGCCUGGAGAAACUCGGAUGAGCGACAAGAGAUCAAGGCCAAGCUUGCCCUCAUGAAGGAAACCGGAGCGCAGCGACCAGUGUCUAUCAAUAGCAGCGAGCUCGAGCCAUUCGCCAAUCCGUUCAAUAUUCAGCUCAAGGCUGUUCUCGUCCGAGCCUAUCAACAAUAUUGGCGCACCCCUUCAUAUCUAUACUCCAAGGUUGCUCUUUGCCUGUUCAGUGCCCUUUUCAUCGGAUUUUCGUUCUGGAAAACCCCAAACACGCUUCAGGGGCUCCAAAACCAGAUGUAUGCGGUAUUCAUGCUGCUGACAAUCUUUGUGAACUUUUGCACCCAAAUCAUGCCCCAUUUUGUGACACAGCGUGCAAUCUACGAGGCACGCGAGAGGCAAUCCAAAACAUACUCUUGGAAGGUGUUUAUUCUCUCGAAUAUCGUCGUUGAGCUCUCAUGGAACUCGCUCGUUUCGGUUCUCAUCUUCUUCAGCUGGUAUUACCCCAUUGGGUUGCAACAGAAUGCCUCAGAGGCAGGGCAGGUAGCCGAGCGAGGAGGUUUAAUGUUCCUCUAUAUCUUAGAGUUCAUCAUCUUUGCCGGCACCUUCACACACAUGGCUAUUGCUGGUGUUGAGACAGAGGAUGGGGCUGGUGCCAUUAUCAAUCUUCUAUUCUCGUUCUCCCUGGUUUUCUGCGGUGUUCUGGCAACGCCCGAAGCUCUUCCAGGGUUUUGGAUUUUCAUGUACAGGGUCUCACCGUUUACUUAUCUAGUCUCUGGCAUUCUCUCAACUGGGCUCGCAAAUGCGCGGAUCAAGUGUUCAUCAGAAGAACUAUUACGCUUCUCUCCCCCGUCGUCAUCAACCUGCUCUGAGUACCUCGCAGCUUACAUACAAGACAACGGCGGUUAUCUCGUGCCAGAGAGUGCGAAUUCUACCAGUGAAUGUGUUUUUUGUUCUGGCAGCGAGACCAACAUAUUCUUGAAGUCUGUGAGCUCAGAUUAUGAUGAUAGAUGGAGGAACUUUGGCAUCUUCUUAGUCUAUAUUGUCUUCAACAUUGCAGCAGCAAUUGGGUUUUACUGGCUUGCCAGGGUACCCAAGGGCAGGAAGGAGCCGGUCAGCAAGGCAGAGCAACAGAGGGCAGAGAAAAAGAAGUCUGCAAGCUCGCCAACGAGUGCUGGGAGCUCGUCAAUGUCUAUAGAGUAG